AAUCAUCGCCUACCCAUCGAUCCUUCCAAUCUUGCAUGCACUCGGCAAGAUGCUCACGCUACGCGACUCAACAUCAAACCCUACUUCUACCCCAUAGGUAACACUCCAGCUGCUAACCUGCUUCGCGAUCAUCUUCCAGGCGUGGACCCUGUUGAGAUACUGGCAAUUGGAUGUGGCGAUGUUCGAAACAUCCUUUUCACUAUCUGGUCUGAACAGCGUCGCGCAUGCAAACUCAACUUCACUGCAUGCGACUAUGAUGCCGCUGUCCUAGCCAUCACUCGCGAUCCCCGCUGUGAAUUCAUCGAACGUUUGUGGCGAACGUACUACCACUUAUAUGUUACCGGUACCGACCUCUUGUGGAUCCAAGAGCACUGUAAGAGACUUCUUGCUGUGUCUGACAAUAUUGCUCAAUGGAACAACUCAACUUUCGGAUCAUCUCUCAAGUUCUCUACCGAAACUUCUUUAUCUAAAGUGCGUCGUUUCUGGGCUCUCUAUGCUCAGACAAGAACUGAACAGGAGGACGCUGAAGUCAGAAAAGCCAUCGAGUCCAUUCAUAAUAGCAACAAGAAGGCCAUGGUAAUAAGUGGUGUGCGAUCUGCUGGGGCUCACGGAAUCUCUGCAACUUUCAUCCUUAGCGAUGCCUACCACGCUUUCUGGAGAACUGGUGUUGUUGCCGGCAACGAUCAAGACGUAUCUGAGCUUCGUUCAGAUGACGGUGGUAGGAUCAACCCGCUCAUAGCUGUCUCGCAAUCGGAUCGGUUUGACGUAUACCGCAGCUCCGAUCCACUGGUUGGCUUCCAUCUAGCCGAAGUCUUCGAUUGUCUGCAAUCAAGAGACACAGCCACGAUCAGUCUCGCAUGCCUGGCCAAAUCUCAGUUUUCUGUAUGGUGUCAAAGCUUCGCGUCCUGUAUCGCAUCCGGCUCGGUCAAUAUCAUGCACCACUGUGGAGAUGCCGUCAACUUCUCUUAUGCUUUGCAGGCCGUCCAAGGCUCCACUACCCUACCGCCUUCUACUUACUUCUACAACAAGCCAUACAGCGCCGCCCCAAUUGAACCGCCUGUAACAGCGGCCAUUAGCUACGAUGUCAUUGACACGUCGAACGUCAUGGAUCAUUGCGGCAUCUUGACUAUUCUGCCUGCCGUAGUACCUCUUUUGUCUGAGAGAUCUGGUUCUGUUUUGUACACAGAAAGUCUCGUACAAGGUUCCGAAAAGUCCGAGAAGCUCUUGGGAACUCUGCUCCAUUCUGAUGUCACGAUGUCAUCGCUACUAUUUGGUGUGGCCCCUACCAGCCACCUCUUAGGAACCAUGAUAGAAUUAACUCUCGUUGAGCAAAUGGUCGAUCUGGAACUAUCAGAUGGAAACCAAAAGCAAUACCGCAUGCGCAUUCCAUGGCAGCGUGCUGCUCAGGGUGAUAGCAUGGUACUUGACGUCAAGUCCGCUUCGUAUCAUCUCAAUAUGGAUCCACACGAGCUCGCAUCUUUCUUCAUGCAAACAUACCUUGCCAUGUUCCGCGAGAAUGAGGAUUUGAGCAUCAGAUCUGAAGUCUUGGAGCGCAAAUCGACCCGACCUUUGGCUGGCGACGUCGAUUACUAUUCUCGGCUCUCGCUCGUCACGCUCAUUGCCUCAGCUAAGCGUACCAUCUCCACCGACUGGCAAAAUUGUGUCAGCGCUCUCGUCCGUAUGAUCAAGGACGACAAGUCCCUUUCUGAAGGCUUGAUGAAUGAGCAAGAACUGUACAUGCAUCUCCAUCUGUCCGGUUUAUGGCACUAUCCUGCGCUAGAAGAAGGUCCAUCAAGAGCUUUCUACGAUGGUGAGACUCGCCCUUCCAGCGAUUCUGGCGACUCAGGAGUGCUUGGCAGGCCCAUCCUGCCUGGAACUGUUCAUGUCGCACUGAUCAUCCCCAGGAACAGCUUCACGUGUCUCACAGACCUUCCUAUCGAUUGUGUUGGAGCCCCAGGCGUAUAUCUUCUGAUGCGUAAUCAAGCUUUCCAGACCGCCUUCUUCGCUGUUGACAUUUUCUUCGGCCACUUCGGAUCAGAUGACACUAAUGAGGCAAGAGUCGUAGAAGAUGCUCAUGGUUGGACAGGCACUUCAGACCUGAUUGCACUCUUGGUCGGGCCCCGUCAGGAAGUGCACAUUGAGCUUAACGUCAACACUUCACGCCCAUUCCUGGGCCACACCAUGGAACCUGAAGACCGCUUCGAGUUUUAUGGUGCGUCGCUCGACAGCGAGAAUGUUCGAGUGCUGACCGAAGCACCCAGUACAAAGCCUAGUGCACAGUUCGACAUCAACUCUACCGCUACUCCGGAGUUGACUAGACCCAGCACCGCUGACGUGGCUCUUGACUCUGAUGGUACUGUGCAGUCUAUUGGAGUCACCAACAGUCUUGUACAUGGCUGGGAAGAGAGCCGUGCUUUGAAGAACGGCGGCAUAGUUGGAAUUUCGCAGAUCUCGCCAUGCGUUCUGGCUAUAAACACUUCGACUUCUGCUCCUGAGUUCUUGCGACCGCUCUGCGUCGUGGUNGCCCGAAUGGACCCAUCCUUGGAAACCAAGUUCUUGCCACCUUUGAUCCAGCUGAAAAGCAUUAUUGGACAGUGGUUCUUCACUUAUACUGGUAUCUUUGCCAGUGCCAAAGGCAAAGACAUUCGGUUGUUUUCUAUGGUGCUUGAUCUAGGUUCCCACAAGAUCACUACCGAUUGGAUGGUUGUUGCCAGUGCUCUCCGCCAUGAUCGAGACACGGGUUCAGUCUUCAUGGACGCGUUCUUCGUCCCCUCAACNCCCGAAGUGAGAAAACUCAACCCUUACAAGAAAGUUGAAAACGAUAAGCUUGUCCAGAAUACCUCAGUGAACAUUGUGAGCAAGGAGACCAUGUAUCUGUGGCAGCAACUUGUACCGGCCCUCGCCGAGCGCUGCCGCUCCUGGGAGCAUACCUCAAACUGUGUUUACAGGACAAAGCCUGGCAAGGGACUUCUCUGCGAUUGUGGAUCAGGCAAAGAUGUAUCGUUUAUGCCUGGCCCUUACAAGAAGAUUGCUCGAUUCGCCACUCGUAUCGCUAUNCCUAUCAUCUUCGCCGUUCCGAAUGUCGAAGCCGUGGGUGGGCAAGAAGUGAUGGGUGAGCUCGCCACUGCUUUGAUUCAACAGGUGAAGUUGGGUCAGAAGCAUGGAACCGUCAGUUCCACAAUGACUGCUGUUAUGAAGGCUCUCAACCUGGACCAGGAGCCGGAAACUACUGGCGGUGCGGAUUGCGACCACUAUGGAAGCAGUCAGUCUGGUCUCAAGGUCUGCGCUCGCUGUGAGAAAGUCAAGUACUGUAACCGUGCUUGUCAACAGGCUGCGUGGAAGACCCACAAGAAGGUGUGUAAGCGCUGA